AUGUCUUUUGAAAGGGAAUACAGUAGCUCAAGCAUCGACCGCCAUGGCACUGCUAGAUUUGUGCCUGACAGCCACGGUACCAGGAGAGAUGUCUCUGGGGAUGUCUUGGACGAUGGGCUGCGGCGAGGUCUGAAAGGAAGGCACUUUGUGAUCAUCGCGCUCGGCAGCAUCAUUGGACCAGGGACAUUCUACGGGCUGGGCUACGCCAUUUACCUGUCUGGUCCGCUGGGUGCGUUGCUUGGAUUUAUCAUUGUUGGGAUCUCGGUGUGGGUGUUGAUGCAAAGUGUUGGCGAGAUGACCACCUUGUUUCCGAUACAUGGAGGUUUUGUGGAGCAUGCCGGCCGUUUCGUUGAUCCAGCUCUGAGUUUUGCCAUGUCGUGGCUAUAUUACCUCAUGUGGAGCGUCUUCCUCGCAGCAGACUGGAACUCUGCUAUCCUGAUCCUCCGCUAUUGGGUGCCGGAAUCUUCAUUCCCUUCCUACGGCUGGGCUCUCAUCUUCUGGGUAGUCUUCUCCGUGGUCACACUUCUUGGUGUCAAUGUCUACGGAGAGCUGGAGUAUUAUUUUGGCAUGUUCAAGUUUCUCUCCCUGAUCAUCCUCUUCGUCCUCUCCAUCGUGGCCGACGUAGGUGGAUUCGGUGGUGGAUAUAUUGGAUUUCGAUAUUGGACAAAACCGACCGGUCCUAUCAUACAUGGAAUCGACGGAUUCGGACAGGUCUUCGUUCUCGCAGCAGCUUACUACGUUGGCACGGAAAUCAUUUCUCUAGCUGGUGGUGAAUCGAGAAAUCCCAAGAAAGACAUCCCCAAGGCCAUCAACUCUGUGGUGUAUCGCAUACUGGUCGUAUACAUUGGCAUGCCCUUCUUUCAAGGCCUCAUCUGCCCCUCCGACUCCCCAGACCUUCUGAAUGCAGACUCGGUGGUUGCCUCAUCGCCCUUCACGAUCGGCUUCACCAAGGCCGGGUGGAAGACGUCCGGCCACUUUGUCAAUGCUCUGAUAACGGUGGCGUUUGUCUCCGCGGCAAAUGGUGUGGUGUAUGUACAGUCGCGCACCGUCUACUCCUUAGCUUUGACUGGAAGGGCGCCAAAAGUCUUUGCCCGAACGACAUCCCGUGGAGUUCCCUGGGUUGCUAUUCUAACCUCAAAUCUCUGGGGCUUCCUAUGCCUGAUGAACCGAAAACUUUCCGCAGGCCAAGUUUUCGCGUACAUGACGAGCGUUGGAGGCACCGCAGCCUAUAUCGCAUGGGCGGCCAUCAUCUUCACGCAUUUGCAGAUCCGGGCCGCGGCCAAGAAACAGAAUAUCGACGUCAGCACUUUCCCUUACAGGGCCUUUGGGAGCAUCUGGAUCUACCGCCUCAAUUUCGCAUUCAACAUCUUCCUCCUCUUCAUCCAGGGAUAUACGGUUUUCAAACACCCCUUCAACUGGCGGGCAUUUAUUGCGUGCUACAUCACCAUUCCGACCUUUUUCAUCUUGUUCUUCGGGUUCAAGUUCUACUACAAAACUCAUUGGGUCCGUCUACAUGAAGUUGACUUCUCGGAUCGCCGAGAAUGGGUUGCUCCUGCGUCGAAAGCCUCAUACGACUGUAGAUCGUGGAAAAAGAAGUUGUGGGACUUGUUCAAGGACUGA